AUGGAAGUUGUUUACACUUCAAACUUGGACAUUACAGGUGAGAGAAUCUUGGGUAGUGCUUUGGAGCCAUGCUACCUGUGGUUUGUACUGGAGUUUUGCGAAAGUGGGGACUUGAACAAUUAUGUACUGUCACGACAGUUAGACCAAGUAAUAUAUGCUAGUUUUCUGCUCCAGUUAACCAAUGCCAUUGUAUUUCUACACAAGAAUCAUGUUGUUCACAGGGACCUCAAACCAGAAAAUAUCUUGAUAACUGAAAAAUCUGGGGUUCCUGUCCUUAAAGUGGCAGACUUUGGACUUAGCAAGGUUUGUGCCACAUUGACCAAAAAAGAAGAGAAGAUCAAUGUCAACUUAAACAAUUUCUGGUUAUCAUCACCCUGUGGUUCUGAUUUCUACAUGGCACCAGAAGUCUGGGAAGGGAAGUAUACAGCUAAAGCUGACAUUUUUUCUCUUGGCAUCAUAAUAUGGGCUAUGCUUGAGCGGAUAACAUUUCUGGAUGCUGAAAGAAAGAGAGAAGUCCUAGGUGCUUAUGUGCUCCAGGGGACUGAAGCCAGACCAAUUGGAAAACUGAUGCUAGAAAACCCAAAGCUGGAAUUGUGCAUUCCUCAUAAUCCUAGAACUUUCAUGUCACAGGGCGUUAAACAGCUUCUUAAGGAUAUGUUGGCCAGUAAUCAAAAACAUCGCCUUGAUGCAUUUCAGCUAUUGAACCGAGUGAAUAAGGUUAUAUACGGCACUAGCUGGCCAGCAAAAAUGGACUGUUUCACAUUUUCAGGUGACAGUGAUACAAGUUAUGAGGAUGACAAUAAAAAACACAGUCUGGGCUGCUUGUGUAAAUGGCUACAUAUGCAGCAGGAUAAAUAUGAUCUAAAUCAGAGGUUACUCAUAAGUACAACAAUCUUAGAAAUAGUAUCUGUAAGUAACAAGGGUUUGGAGGGUCCCCCUCCCAUUGGAAAUCUGUUUUGA